AUGGGCAGCGUGUAUUUAUGGCCAGCCGAUACCAUCUCUUGCUUUGAUGCCAUGCAGAAUUUCGGACCUCGCGCAUUGCAAAUUGCCACGCAAGAGAGUGCAUCCGAGGUUAUCAGGUCAUUGGCCGGCGACGGGCUCAACGCUAGGGGUGUUGGUGGAAAUUCCGUGCUGAUGACCGCCGCAAGGCUCUGGCAAUUUGAUGUUGUGUGCCAACUCAUUGAUCAAGGCGCGGACAUAUCGCUGAAGAACAAUUCCGGAUCAACGGCUUUGAUCCAGGCGUUGAAAGGUUGGGAAGUAAAGUCCAACGUCCAAAGUCUAUACGUCAGUGGACAAGAACAAGUGAGGAUUGGCAACUCCAUCUUUAUUUCCCCCAAGGCAACGCUUGACCCCUAUAGCUUCGGAAGGAGGGAAGCCAUUAUUGAGAAGACGUUGGUAAAGCUCAUCCCGGAGGACUUGAAUGUCAAUAGUGAUGAAGGCCAAGAAGCACUACGCCGUGCCAUCAGCAAUAGGCAUUCGCGUGUGGUCCGCGAGCUACUUGAAAGAGGAGCCGACCCGAAUGCUCGAAACAAAGAUGGUUACACACUGCUGGCAUUGGCCUGCGAGCGACCAGUCAUGGACAUAUUCUACGUCUCUAAACUGCUAUAUCAAGGGGCCAGGCUGCAUGUGGGAACUUUUGUGUCUGCAACAGCGCCUAGCGGCGCGGACGAAGAAAUACUUGGAUUCAAGAUAAGCUCAACCAUAAAGGUUCUGUCCCAGGACAAUGCGGAGGGAAGCAAAGUUUUGCCAACAGAGUUUGAGACGAUUGUACGCAUGCUACUGGACAAGGGAGCCGACAUUGAUGCAGACGUUGGCGGGCAGACCGCUCUAGCCCUUGCCGCCAAGAAUGAGUACCUUACCGUGUUUAGAACGCUCCUUGCUGCAGGUGCAGACAUUACUCGAGUCGACCCUUGUAUUCUUGAGCGGCUGAGGAGAAUGCUUAGGCAAGAUGAAAGCUCUGAAGGAGUGUAUGGGAAAGCGUGUCUCGGCACGUUGCAGGAUUUCCAAACGCACGAUUACUGCGUCCUCUUACUGAACUUUAUGAUUCCCCAAUCAGUCAUUGAUUCGCAAGAGAUACAUGGCAUUGACAACACAAAGAUCUUUGUUGGAGACAUCUUUCAAUUAAAUAACCAAUUGCGAUUGAGCUGUGGUGGCAACGCGGAAGAGCCUCACAGCGUGCCGCAAAGGAAAUGGACUGCGCAGAAGGAAUAUGAUGGGCGAGUCAGAGAAAAAUCUGAUUGUGAACCAGUCAAGCUGCUAGCCAUGAUUGCAAGCGCUUUGGACAAGGCAGCAGCGAAACGGAGAGUUUGUAGGAGAGAUGAAUUCUGGGCGUUUGGAGGCUGGGGAAAGAUUUCACAAAUGACGUGCGACCUGAAGCAUGGCAUCAACUUUUGCCAUUUUUACCGAGUUGAUAUAUCGCGGAUCCACGGGCAUAACCACACACAAAGUCCCGAUCCUCAGGGCCCAAGUUUCUCAGUUCCCAUGGAGCCUACCCGGUCAAGAAAUUAUAGAACCCUUUAG